GAGCGGGCGGGCGACCUGCCUGCCAGCUAGCCGGAGCGGCGGGCGAGCGCGGCGAGCAGGGGCCGGGUCGCAGAGCGUGGUGCGGGGGGCGCGCUCCCCAGCUCCACCGCAGGCAAACCCCGCGCCUCGAGCACCCUGAUUCCUUCCCUCCUCUCCCCUGCACUCCUGCCUGGGGUCUUGGGCGGGGAGCGGAGGGAAGGAACGAAGGAGGAGGAGGCAAAAGCGGAGUGAGGGGCGGAGGGGGUCCCGGCGCGAGGAGAGGCACGCGUUGCUUCUCGCUCUCUCGCCGCAUCCGCCCCCUCCUUGCCCGGUGCUGCGGCCCCAGGGCCCGCGGGACUCCCGGGACGCCUGCACUAUGCAGGCGGACUGCCUGCCGCCGCGAUGGCGAGCUGGGGGGUGGUGAGAACCGGGCGCAGCCCGCACCGUUCCCGAGUCCGGGCCGCGGCCGCCGCCGCCGCCCCCGCCCGGGCCGCGUUUCCCCACUCGCACUCCUGCCUCCUCCCUCCCCGCUCCGACUCUUCCUCCUCCCCUAUGCCUCUGUUCCUCCUGCUCUUAUUUAUCCUCCUGCUGCUCGAGGACGCCGGAGCCCAGCAAGGUGAUGGAUGUGGACACACCGUACUAGGCCCUGAAAGUGGAACUCUUACGUCCAUAAACUACCCACAGACCUAUCCCAACAGCACCGUUUGCGAAUGGGAGAUCCGGGUAAAGAUGGGAGAGAGAUUGCGCAUCAAAUUUGGUGACUUUGACAUCGAAGAUUCUGAUUCAUGCCAUUUUAACUACUUGAGAAUUUAUAAUGGAAUUGGAGUUAGCAGAACUGAAAUAGGCAAAUACUGUGGUCUCGGGUUGCAAAUGAACCAUUCAAUUGAAUCAAAAAGCAAUGAAAUUACAGUGCUGUUCAUGAGUGGAAUCCAUGUUUCUGGACGAGGAUUUUUGGCCUCAUACUCAGUUAUAGAGAAACAAGACUUAAUUACUUGUUUAGACACUACAUCCAGUUUUUUGGAACCUGAGUUCAGUAAGUACUGCCCAGCUGGUUGUCUGCUUCCUUUUGCUGAGAUAUCUGGAACAAUCCCUCAUGGAUAUAGAGAUUCCUCACCAUUGUGCAUGGCUGGUGUGCAUGCAGGAGUUGUGUCAAACACUUUAGGUGGCCAAAUCAGUGUUGUAAUUAGUAAAGGUAUCCCGUACUAUGAAAGUUCUUUGGCUAACAACGUCACAUCUGUAGUGGGACACUUAUCUACAAGUCUUUUUACAUUUAAAACAAGUGGUUGUUAUGGAACACUGGGGAUGGAAUCUGGCGUGAUUGCCGAUCCUCAAAUAACAGCAUCAUCUGUGCUGGAGUGGACAGACCACACAGGGCAAGAAAACAGCUGGAAACCUGAGAAGGCCAGGCUGAAGAAACUGGGACCUCCUUGGGCUGCUUUUGCCACUGAUGAAUAUCAGUGGUUACAAAUAGAUCUGAACAAGGAGAAGAAGAUAACAGGCAUUAUAACCACUGGCUCUACCUUGGUGGAACAUAAUUACUAUGUGUCAGCCUACAGAAUUCUAUACAGUGAUGAUGGGCAGAGAUGGACCGUGUACAGAGAGCCUGGUGUGGAGCAGGAUAAGAUAUUUCAAGGAAACAAAGAUUAUCACCAGGAUGUGCGUAAUAACUUUUUGCCACCAAUUAUUGCACGUUUUAUUAGAGUGAAUCCUACCCAAUGGCAGCACAAAAUUGCAAUGAAAGUGGAACUGCUUGGAUGUCAGUUUAUUCCUAAAGGUCGUCCUCCCAAACUUACUCAACCUCCACCACCUCGGAACAGCAAUGACCUCAAAAACACUACAGCCCCUCCAAAAAUAGCCAAAGGUCGUGCCCCAAAAUUUACUCAACCACUACAACCUCGCAGUAGCAAUGAAUUUCCUGCACAUACAGAGCAAACAACUGCCACUCCUGAUAUCAAAAACACUACUGUAACUCCAAGUGUAACCAAAGAUGUAGCCUUGGCCGCAGUCCUCAUCCCUGUACUGGUCAUGGUCCUCACCACUCUCAUUCUCAUAUCGGUGUGUGCUUGGCAUUGGAGAAACAGAAAGAAAAAAACUGAAGGCACCUAUGACUUACCUUACUGGGACCGGGCAGGUUGGUGGAAAGGAAUGAAGCAGUUUCUCCCUGCCAAAUCAGUGGAACAUGAGGAAACUCCAGUUCGCUAUAGCAGUAGUGAAGUUAAUCACCUGAGUCCAAGAGAAGUUACCACAAUGCUACAAACUGACUCUGCAGAGUAUGCACAGCCGCUUGUGGGAGGAAUUGUUGGCACACUUCACCAGAGGUCUACCUUUAAACCAGAAGAAGGACAAGAAACAGGUUAUGCUGAUCUAGAUCCUUACAACUCCCCGGUACAAGAAGUUUAUCAUGCCUAUGCUGAACCACUCCCAAUUACUGGGCCUGAGUAUGCAACCCCAAUCGUCAUGGAUAUAUCGGGGCACCCCACGGCUUCAGUUGGUCUACCCUCAACGUCCACUUUCAAAGCUACAGGGAACCAGCCUCCCACUUUAGUGGGAACGUACAACACUCUCCUCGCCAGGACCGACAGCUGCUCCUCAGCCCAAGCCCAGUAUGAUACCCCAAAAGGUGGGAAGCCAGGUCCAAAGGCCCCAGAUGAACUGGUGUACCAGGUGCCACAGAGCACACAGGAGGUAUCAGGAGCAGGGAGGGAUGGCGACAGUGAUGUUUUUAAAGAAAUCCUUUGAAAGUGACGCUGCUUUUCACAAAGCAUCAUUUUAAAGCACAUGGCUUUUUUUUUCUGUUAGCGGUAGUGAUAUAUAGAAUGUGUCACAUAUCUGUCUCGGAUAUGGUUGGGGAAACGUGAUGACCGAGGUACAGGAAACUACUAAUCUUGCGGUCUUGCUUUAAAAGUGUUAUUGUGGCAGUUACUGCUUGCCUGUUAAAUUUCAAACAUCCUGUUUGUUACUACUGUAAAACACUAUUUUUAAUACAGAAAAAGUUCCCUACUAUGCACUUCAAAGAAAUGGAAAAUCACUGAAAGUAUUUAUUACCAAUGCUGCAGGUACAUUGACGAACUCAAGAGAUGGCUCUGUAAGCCUGACUGGCAAUAACGCUUGGUACUGUUCUUGAAAUGUCUAAUGGCUUGAAAUUCUGCUCUCUGUGAAAGGUGGGUACUGUCAUGACUCCCUCCUCUUCCAUUCCUAUAUUGCUUUCUGGAUUUUUUUUUAAAAAAAUGACAUAAUCAUUGUUUUGAUUGCAGUCAUAUACACUUGGACAGUCUUACACUGUCCAUUUUUCCUUAGGAAGAGCUAUAGGUGGGAAACUCUGACUUAUAAUGAACAGGGUGAUUGAGUUUUUACUUUUUGACACUCUUAAGUGCUUUAACACUCAUGGUACUGGACCUGGUCUCACGCCUGCUUGUUCCGCCUGGGGCCGUUGGUGGCUAGCCCCAUUCUUAUGUUUAUAAAAUGUUUUGAGUUUUUUCAGUGGGUGAUAGCUUGCUUUAUCAAUCUCAUGAAUUCAGAUCCUGCAAUGUCUUUAAGUUUACUUCUCUGUGGAAAUAAGAACUUUACAAUUUAAAAGCUAUAAAAGAUAAACCCCUCUCCUCUCCAACUUUAUUUGCAAUGGGAUUUUUCCUAGGAGAGUUGUGAAAAGCCGAAGGAUUCUAGAUGGACACCGUAAACGUGAGCCACUUAUACUUAUCACAGUGAAGGCAAGAAUCAUUCCUCAGAAGUCAUAAAUUACCUUAAAAAAUUUGCCUUCUUUAGUGUUAGAGAUAUUUUUCUUCAAAUCUCAAGAUAGUCUUUAUUUCUAGUCAAAUAAAAAAAUACUUUUUAAUUCAUUUUCCACCGUAAACUGUUAUAAGAAAUGUAACCCCAACAUGUAUUCUUCAGCUCUGUGUGAUUGUGCCCUUAUCUGUGUGGUGAGAGGUGUGAGUAGUUCCUUAUAUCAUACUUAGAGAAGAGAUGUUAUAGCAUCCUAGCACAUUAAUGUUCUUGUCUAGUUUUUUGAUACCUCUGGGCAACUUCUUUGUUAUCACUUGCCUAGAACUAGUUUUAGAUGAGUGAAAUAAAAAUCAUCUGCAAUUAGCCUAUAAUGUAAAACCCAUGCUUAAAAGUCUUUAGGCUAGCAACGUGACAUGAGAAACUGACCUUAUGAUUAAAAUUUGACGUCCCUUCUCAUAUAAACCUUAGUUUGUAGACUUAAUUUUGAAAUGUACUUUUUCCAUUAGUUUCUAGUCAUUUCUGUUGACCUGGGCCACCAGAUUAUGAUGUUGCCAGAAUUUGCUAAAUUUGAUUAAAGAUAAAGUCUUCAUUUUACUGCUUCUACAAGUAUACCAGUAAUCUAAAACACUGCUUCAAAAUAGAACCGUUCAUUUCUAAAGCUUCCCUGCCGUCUAGUUCUAUGAUUUUGUUGGUUUUAUUUUCAUUUGCUUUCCAUGAGGCAUAAUUUUAUUCAAUGAAACACCAGUACAUAUUUUGUUUCAAAGUAUUCGAAACAAAAAGCACAGAUGUUGAACUUUUUUAUUAAAACAUAUGAAUGUGUAAAGCACAUGUAUUAAUACAGUCAUCCCCUUUCAGGUGGGAAGAGAGUAAACCAAUUGCUUUAUUUUUGUAGUCAUCCUUAGUACACAGAGAAUAUACUUUUUCUUGAAUCAUACGCCUGUUUGAAGCUUUAAGAGAAAUGUUUUCGGUAACUAUUUCAUUUUCCCAACGUGCUUGCUAUUUUUGUGUAAUUGUGUGCACCUGUUUUUCCCAUGGAACUUUUUUUUUUUGAGAAGCAAAUGUUUUCUUAAAUGUUGCAUGUUUUAAGACUUGAUUUAUAUUGCCACUGUGCUGUCCUUGAACUACCAUGAUUUUUACAAAUAUCUAGUUUUUACUAAUUUUAUAUACUUUACUUUCCAAACGAAGAGCUGAGCCUGAUAAAAAGGUCAUUCUGGUUUUAUACUUUUCCUUUUAGUUCAUUUUUUUUCAUAUUAGAGUUUUGGGUUUGUUUUUUGUUGUUGUUGUUUUACUACAUUUAUAUAUACAUAGCUUUGGAGACAAUCAAGUAACAACUGAAAAUGUGAAAUUAACCAUUUUUUUACAAAAUUUCCUUUUUUUAUUCUUUGCUUGAAACUUGUAAAGGACUUAGGUCACUGUGGAUUAUUGGAUUAAAUUUUUUUCCUGUUAAUACAAUUAUAAAAGUUGAAUCAGACAGUAGUACAACAAGUGUGGCCAUUAUUACACGUUUCACAAAAUUACACUGACUGCUGUUACUUGAUAUUAGGAACCAGCACAAGUUAAAGAUAAGAUAUUGUGAAUGCUGAUUUAUAUUUUAUUAAAAGCUAUAAAUCUAAAUAGAUCCUAUUGUAUAUGCAGGGUCUAGUCCAGUUAUUUAAGUUCAUGUUUCACUGUUUGCACUUUGCAUUGAACAAUGGGGUUUAUUUGCUGAUGACAUGGUUCGAAUAGAGAAUUAAUUAUGACGUUAUGUAUACACUUGCCCUCCCCGCCCCGUGAGGGGUGCAGAAAAUGAGCUCAGAAAAUAUGAAUGUGGCUAUAAUUCUAUGGAAAUUGAUAAAGCUUUAACUUACUUGCCUUUGCACCUGGAGAACAAGAGAGCUAUGUCAGAUGAUACAAUUAGAAAUAGGUUGUGCUUUUUAAAACCUUCCUAAGAGAAAUUAGGCUCUACUUGAAAAUAAAAGUACAAAUUAGCUCUGC